GCGCUGAACACGGCCAAUGUCGAGAAGGGGGCCGAAAUCGAGCAGAUCCUGGCCGAGGAUAACUCGCCAUACCCAGAAGUGAGAUUUUGACUUUCGCUUGCCACUGGUCGAGGACGGAUGAUACGUCCUGGGAGGAAGACCCGUCUGUUCUAACAUUGGCUUCUCAUCAAGGUGCGAGCCUCUGUCCGAAACUUCGACGUCGACAUGCCGGUCAACACCAUACGAGCCUGGACAAUCGGCUUGCUGUUAUGCACCAUCGGAUCUGCCGUCAACAUGCUACUGUCGCUGCGCAACCCCAGCAUUUCCCUCACAACCUUUGUCAUUCAGCUCAUCGCUUACCCCUUGGGACUGAUUUGGGACUUCAUCUUCCCGGACCGCGUCUUCAACGUCUGGGGUGUCAGAUUCAACCUCAAACCGGGCCGGUUCAACUUCAAGGAGCACGUCAUUAUUGUGGUCAUGUCAAAUGCUGCCUACGGUGGUGGUGCAUUGUAUGCCACUGAUGUGAUCAUCGCCCAACGGAUGUGGUACAAACAGGACUUUGGAUGGUUAUGGCAGAUCAUGUUUGGCAUAACCACGCUCUGCACGGGGUAUGGGCUGGCCGGACUGGCGAGGAGGUUCCUCGUCUGGCCUGCCGCCAUGAUCUGGCCCACCGAUCUCGUCAACUGUGCGCUCUUUUACACCCUCCACGAUCACUCGCCCUCGGACCCGGCACGGGCCAAUGGCUGGAGCAUCAGCCGCUACAAGUGGUUCAUGCUUGUGUUUGCUGGCUCGUUUUUGUGGUAUUGGUUCCCCGGUUAUCUCUUCCAGGGUCUGUCGUGGUUCUGUUUCCUCACCUGGAUCUGGCCCAAAAACGUCGUCGUCAAUCAACUGUUUGGUGGUUCUACCGGCUACGGCCUGCUACCUAUUACCUUGGACUGGAGCAUCAUCACCGGCUACCUCAACUCGCCACUCAUUCCGCCAUUCCACGCCAUCGCCAAUGUGUUGGCAGGCAUCACUAUUUUCUUUGUGGUCAUCUCACUCCCAAUGCACUUCUCGGGGAUGUGGUACGCCGCUUAUCUGCCCGUCCAAAACGCGCACGCCUACGACAACACCGGCCACCUGUACAACGUGUCGCGUAUCCUGGGGGACAACAUGCAGUUCGACGAGGCCAAGUACCAUGCUUACUCUCCUCUUUAUCUCCCUACUCAGUUCGCGCUUAGCUACGGCCUCUCGUUCGCCGCAGUCGCUGCCGUUCUCACCCAUGUGGCGUUCUACCACGGCCGCGAGAUUUGGACCCAGUGGAAGUUGGCCCGGUCUCAAGAAGAUGACGUCCACAUGCGGCUGAUGAAGAAGUACCGCGAUGCCGAGGACUGGUGGUACCUUGUCUUGUUCGUCAUCAUGCUUGGUCUCUCCUUCGCCGUGGUAUGCGCCUGGGACACCAACUUUCCCUGGUGGGCCUACAUCGUCUGCAUCCUGAUCCCGGUCAUAUGGACCAUCCCCAUCGGCAUCGUGCAGGCCAUCACGAACAACCAGUUGGGCCUGAACGUGCUGACCGAGUUUAUUGUCGGCUACAUGCUCCCCGGCAAGCCCCUGGCCAUGAUGAUGUUCAAGAAUUACGGCUACCUGUGCAUGUCCCAGGCUCUCUACUUCAUCCAGGACCUCAAGCUCGGCCACUACAUGAAGGUGCCGCCCCGCGUCAUGUUCUGGUCCCAGCUGCUCGCGUCCGUCUGGUCGGCCAUCGUGCAGAUCGCCGUCAUGAACUGGGCCCUCGCCACCAUCCCCGACGUCUGCUCCGAGAACCAGGUGCACCAGUGGAACUGUCCGAGCGCCCGCGUCUUCUACACGGCCUCAAUCGUCUGGGGCGCCAUCGGCCCCGCCCGCAUGUUCUCGGGCGAGGCCCUCUACAGCUCGCUGCAGUGGUUCUGGCUCGUCGGCGCCGUCGCGCCCGUCAUCACGUGGUUCUUUGCCCGCCGUUACCAGCGCGGCUUCUGGCGCUACGUCAACAUGCCGCUCAUCUUUGGCGGGUCGGGCAUGCUGCCGCCCGCGACCGUGUUUAUUUAUUAUUGUUGGGGCAUCGUCGGGACUGUGUUCAAUUUUUCCAUAAGGAGGCGCAAGACCGGCUGGUGGUUGCAGUACAACUAUGUCACGUCGUCGGCGCUCGAUUGUGGGCUGAUUGUCUCGACGCUUGUCAUCUUCUUUGCGCUGUAUCUGAGUGAAACCGAGGCCCCGAGGUGGUUUGGGAAUACCAGCGCGCUGAGUACCAUGGAUAUGCUGGCUAAGGCGGUGCAGAAGACGGUGCCGCCUGGCGAGACGUUUGGGCCGAGCUCUUGGCCUUGACAUGAAGGGCGUAUGGGAUGGUUGAGGAAAUUGGGAUUUGGCUGGGGGGGAAGGAGUCUCGGAGUUCUGGCUUGGUGGGCGGGUCGGGUUACUUUUUUCAGCGUUAACAUGGGCAUGGUUCCUCUUUGGAUUGUCUUUUUUGUGUUCUUUUUUU